ACCAUAAAAGGUUUUUCUCUUGUCUUGGUCUAUGCCCACUCUUUCUUUUCUUUUCUCUUUGAAAAAGUGACGUUUGAGUUCGCUGUUCUCCGGUUCAGCGCUGAGCAAUUUUUACUAGAAAAGUUGUUUAUCUCGACCGGGAAAUCGCAUCAACAUGGCAGCCGCCGUAGUGUCAGGCAAAGAUAUUGAGAAGCCCCAGGCGGAGGUGUCUCCCAUCCAUCGCAUCCGCAUCACCCUCACAUCCCGCAAUGUACGCUCGCUGGAGAAGGUCUGCUCUGACUUGAUCAAUGGUGCCAAGAAACAGAAGCUGCGUGUGAAGGGCCCAGUCCGCAUGCCAACCAAGAUCCUGCGCAUCACGACGCGCAAGACGCCCUGCGGUGAAGGUUCCAAGACCUGGGACAGGUUCCAGAUGCGGAUCCACAAGCGCGUCAUCGACCUGCACUCGCCGUCCGAGAUCGUGAAGCAGAUCACCUCCAUCAACAUCGAGCCAGGGGUCGAGGUCGAGGUCACCAUCGCCGACGCGUAGGCACAGCUGACCUGACAAUAAAUUGUAUAAACUGA